AGAUGUGUUAGAAAUGAAAAUGUAACAUUAUGAAACACGUCGACCAAAACCAUUGAGGACUGGUCCUUAAACAUAUUCUUGUUGGGAAAAUUCUGCCUUAUCAGAUUGGCUGAUAUGAUUUGUUUAUAGUUCUCUGAGGAGUUAUACAAGAUUCAUUCUUUUUGACGUUUGAGGGUAUAGCCACGAGGUGACAAAACAUUCUAAAAGGUUAGAAUAUUACAUUUGGUUAAGAUAUAUUACAUUUGGGAACCUUUGCUGAGAAAUAUAGCCUAACAUUAUUGCUCACAGCCUAUGGGAAGGGGUCCGUUGCAUCUGUCAGUAUUUUAAUGGAGAGGAAAGAAACUGACGGACAAUUUCAAUUUUUACAUACACAGACAAAACAACGUCUUUCUCAGCUCUCGACUCGACUAUGAGUCGUUUGAUGUUCAGAACAGCUGUGCUUAUAAUCACUGUAAAAGAGGAGGAAGUUAGAUAUCGGAAUAGGCAGACCAGCGAGAACAGCUUCAAACCGGUUUCAACACCCGGCAACAAAAGCUGCUACUGCAGCCUUCCCCCUCAGUUGCCUCAGCCUGCUACUGAAGACUGAAGAGUGAACGAGAAUAUGAUGUUACCAUUCAGAAGAUGCUGUUUCUGCAUUAGUCCUUUAGCAAAGUCUUGCAAAAAUGAUAUCUAAAGUAUUUGUCGAAGGUCCAGGGGCCAGCUAGCCGUAUCCAACGAGCUACUUCAAAGCUGACGAAUAUAAACAUUAGUCUGUCUGCAGGUGGCUGGACAUCGGAGGAAAACUCGGCCACAGAACCUCAGCUCCUUAAAGCACAAAAAAAACAACAACAACACAAAAUGACACUUCCGAGCACUAAAAAAGCCCCGGACGGUGGCUGGGGAUGGGCCGUGGUGGUGGCAUCUUUCCUGGCUCUCUUCCUGGCCUAUGGGUCCCCCCAGUCGGUGGGAGUGCUCUAUCCAGAGUGGUUGAGCACGUAUCAGGAGGGCAAAGGCAUGACAGCCUGGGUGGGCUCCCUGGUGUCUGGCAUUGGCUUGAUUGCAAGUCCCAUAUGCAGUGCAUGUGUGGUGAACUUUGGAGCCAGGCCGGUGACCAUCUUCAGCGGGGUCAUGGUGUCAGGGGGUCUCAUGCUGAGCGCCUUUGCACCCAACGUCUCCUUCCUCAUCUUCUCCUACGGUGUAGUCGUCGGACUAGGCUGCGGGUUGGUCUAUGCUGCUACCAUGACGAUCACCUGUCAGUAUUUUGACAAGAGACGUGGCCUCGCUCUUGGGAUUGUCUCCACAGGUACUAGUUUUGGAGGUUUCAUCUACGCCACUGGUCAGAACGAGCUGGUUGAGCUCUUCGGCCUGGACGGCUGCCUGCUGAUCAUCGGUUCCCUGGCCCUCAACGUCAUCGCCUGCGCAGGUCUCAUGAGGCCACUGCAAUUACCCGCCUACUACCUCAAACAGAAAGCCGCCGCCUUUGAGAAGGUCGAGGGCCAACUCUUGGAGAAGGUUGUGACCUCCGACCUCGACCCUAUCAAGCCACCUUGCGACAAAACCGCAGACAACCCACUGAUCGCCACGGAGACCAAGGAGCCUACGGAGCCGGUGGUGUUCAAGCGUAGCUUCUCCAUCUGCGCGGUGCUGGUGGAGGUCAUCAAGAAGAAGCAGAAGACGUACUCCUCCUACGCGCGCUCGACAGCCGACCUGUUCCAGGACCGCGUCUUCGGCUCGCUCUGCGUCAGCAUCUUCCUCUUCAGCCUGGGCGCCUUCCCGCCGCUGCUCUUCAUGGAGGAUGUGGCGCAGAGCGAGGGCCUCAUCGAAGGCGUGAGUCUCUUCCCGCUGGUGUCCAUCGUUCAGGUGGCCGGCGUGCUGGGCAAGCUGGGCCUGGGCAUGAUGACGGACAUCCGCUGGAUGAACAGCGUCUACCUCUACGCCUUCACUGCUCUGGGCUCCGGCAUGGCUCUGCUCGCCAUCCCCUUCACCAAGAACUACGUGGGGCUGCAGGUCAUCUCCGCGGUGAUCGGGUUCAUGUCGGGGAACUGGUCCAUCACGCCGUACGUCACCACCAAGGUGGUGGGCAUUGAGCGGCUCACUGAGGCGCACGGGAUCCUCAUGUUCUUCGGUGGUUUCGGGAUCAUGCUGGGACCUCCAGUUGUAGGCUGGUUCUUCGACUUUAUGCAGUCCUACGACCUGGCCUUCUACUUCAGUGGUGUGUGUGUGUUGCUGGGGGGCUUCCUCCUCGUCGUCUCCUCCCUUCCCUGCUGGCCCAGGCCCAAGGGAGACACCCGCGCCUCUGACGAAGAAUACACUAACGACCUGGUGGCAGCCGUCGCCUAAGCAACAACGUUGCUCCUCUGGGUCGCGCUGGUCUGCUCCAGGAUAUCCAAACAAGUCUACAUAGCGAUAACCUGCCUCUGGAAAAAAAUAUGUUUAUUUUGAAGCAAGGGGAAAGGGAGUGUAAUUGAUGUAUUCCUUAAAAUGCAUUUAAACUGCAACGUAAACAAGGUGUUCUAGCUUGACCAUAACUGUAGUGUUAAAACAUUAGGGUUAUGUUGGGUUAUUUGAUUUGAUCUGACCAUGGGACUUUAAGAAUAUGACGGUUCUGCAGGGUUAUGUUGUUAUGGCCUUGUUUUAAGAGGCCCUGAGCAAAUUCUCACACAUAGAACACACAGCUAAGUGACGGUUUAAGUUUACAAUUACAGAUACUGCACUUAAGCUACCAAAAAGAAAUGGAUGAUUUCCUUUUUAAUCUCAAAUGCAGCAACGGUUGCAGAUACCCUAGCAAGGAAGCCAUGCUGUAUUGAAAAGCUGUAGAGAUAAUGAAAAAAAAAUUGAAAUAAUUAUGUUUUUUUUUUCUGACACUUACAAAUGCAAAAACAUUAACAGAAAACAGUGUGCGUGAAUGAGUAGUACAGGGAGUGUUGAUGUACUUGUCAGUUGUUGUUUUUUAAUAAUUAUUGUUAUUAUUAUUACAUUUUCUGUUGUCUUUGUGUGUAUGUAACCAAAGUUUAUUUUCAAGAUUAAGUGGUUUGGUUUGAUUGAUUGAUUGAUUGAUUGAUUGACUGAGAAAACCUUACUGUGACUUAUAGAUACAGUAGGGUUAAUAGGCGCCCAUCUGCUUUGUCUAAACAAAGCACAUUGUGCCCUGUUAGUUUUGUCAGUGUCCUCCAGUCACCACACUGGGUUGUUCGGUUUUUGUUUUUGUUUUGUUUUGUUUUGUUUUGUUUUUGACAAACGAUAUGUAUGAAGCAAUAUGUAUGAUGCACAUACCUUAAGGUGACCUGAAUAUACAGUAUGUGCUUAUUGUAAAAUUGUAGCCACAGUUCAUUUUGAUUACAUGGUAUGCUGUAAUUCACACUAGCCUUUGUAGUCGCCAUUUGCAAUACAUGCACUGAUGGGUUUGUGAGUAUUGAUACCCGUGUUUUGUAAGUUCCUUCUCCCAACGUGGACCGGAAAACAUUGUUGUUACUUGAAAAAAAAAAUGUCUUUGGAAUAUUUUUAACAUAAAGCCACACAACCCUUUGAUAUCCCAAAAAACUACCAGUCUGAUCUAAGUCAUGCUGUUUUUGUUAUUUAUGUAUUUAUGUUUCCUACAAUGAUUCAUUCGCCUUAUUUUUUUUAUAAAAUGUCAAUACAUUUUUGUAAUAAAAAAACAAAAACAUC